UCACCACGUGUUUCAAUUAUGACGCAGUUGUCGUCCUUGGAGCAUACAACAUGGCAGGUUCCCGGUUGCCACCGGAGAAGCUCAAGCAUGCUAUGUCACUUUCUAGAUUCAUGCUGCGCUCACAAGUGAUUAAGUUGUACAGAGAUAUGAUGAGGAUAGUAUAUAACGUGAAAGACCUCGACCAGCGCAAGGCUCUCAUCGACUUCAUACGUCACGACUUCAAAUGUAACAAACAUGUCGAGGACGAGGAGGCCAUCAAAAUGCUUUUAAGUCAAGGAAAGAUAUCUCUCAGAGAGCUCGAAAACACAGUCCCACGGGGGAAAUGAAGCUUGAUUUAAUGAAAUACCUGAUACAGCCGACCAGGGGACCAACACAACUACUGAAGAUAGGAAUGGAUGUUUAGAAGAAGCUGGGGACGUAUUUGAUGUUUUAGUUCAGGAUAAUAGGAAAUGUUGAAGGCAUGCGAGAAUCCUGCCAAAUGACAAACAAUGAUAGGAAACUGUUCUUCCACAGAUUUUAGUACAUAACAUGUCAUAAAUGUUUUUAAAAAAAAUCAUGUGAAUGUAUAUUUUUAUUGAUUAUUUUCUGAGAAAGUUUUUGAAUAUUUCGUUGGAUGUCUGUUUAGUG